AGUUUGACUAGCUAUCCUAAAAACCUUAUUAUCUUAUUCUUUAUCUCGUAUGAACACCCAUACAAAAUUCUUCAUGAUUUGCUUCGAAAAUUUGCAAACAUUUUAGUUUAGUUUACAAGCAAAGUUCUCAGCAUAAAUCGAAAGUGUUGAAUUUAAUUGUUUAGUGGUAAUUCACGUAUCGUCUUCUUUGGUUUAUGAUUAGAUUACAGAGUUCAUUGUGCAAUAAUUUCCGUUUUGAAUCGAUCGCAUUCCGGAGAUUAUCUUAUUUUAGGGGUAGGAGCUCGAAGAAGGAUUCACGAAAAAUGGCACCUCCUAUUCUAUCUCUAGCUUUACCAUCAGAAACAGGUCGGGUUCUCAGUAUUCAGUCUCACACUGUUCAGAUUAUCGCUUUCCCAUGUUCGAUCAAAAUCAGGAAAUUAGUUACAGUGAUUUUGAUGACAACUGUUACUUUGUGUAUAACACUUUACAUGUUCAGUAUCUUUAAUGAAGCAAUUCUUAAUCAUCCUUUGAUCAUACAUCUUGAUUUUCUAAAUGCAAUUCUCAAAUCAUACAUGCAAGUUUCUUUUAUCUACUUCAUCAAAUCAAACACAAAGUUUGCAGGAUACCCAACUUUCAAGCGGCAAGCUCUAAAUGGAAAACAACUUUGGGAGUUGAUAGAAGGCCUAGAAGCCAAUAAUCUACUAUACUACACACAUCUAUUGACAGGUUACAUUGGUUCAGUUUCUUUCUUGGAUAAUGUGUUAGAAGUAGUUAAAAAGCUUCGAUCCAUCAAUCCUACACUUACAUAUGCUAAGUUACGAAGGAUACUUAUAGGUGAUGAAGGAAAGUUGUAUGUCCCUCAAGAAUUGGUGUCUGUAAACUUUUGA